UAGCACGCUACUGUUGUAUAUUUUAUUUUUCUUAUAAAACAAGAAUUUCUUUGUUACAUAUUUCGUAUCGUUUAUUAGAGACAGUAUGAGCGCUAAAAGCUAAACGUUGUUUUGUGCUGUGCAUGUUAUAUUGAAAUAUGAAAAUUCAUGAUCAUUACCCAAACUUGUCUUCGGCCAAGAGACCCAUCCUACAUAGUGCCGAACUGCCUCUGCCGAUGCCUUCAAACCGAUCAAAAAGUGAGAAUUCUAGUCCGGAAUUUGUUUUCAGUCAGCAUAAUAAGGUAGCUGAAGAUAGUGACUCAAGUUAUGAACCGUCAACUUCAAAAGAACCGCACUUAUUGACACAUCGUGAUUUAAACGAUUUAGUACGUUAUUUAAAUCUGUCUAAAAAACAGGCUGAGCUUUUAUGGUCUACAUUAAACGACUGGAAUUUACUUUCUCGUGGUACAAAGAUUUCUUAUUUUAUCAAGGGAAAUGGAGUCCAGGCAUGCUAGCAGACUAUUGUUGGAGACUUAAAAGGGACCUAC